GUCGUUUCUAAGUCGUCGUCGUUCUUAUUGUCGCUUCGUUUCUAAAUUGGUAUUCUUGAAGUAUAUCGUAACGCCUAAGAAAAAUUAUCAAAAUUUUAAAUCAAAUUAUGAGAAAGUAUGGUAACGCCCAAUAGCGCCAUUGUAUUUUACGUUGUCAUUUGUUGUUUUGAACGAAAUAUUUGAACCAUUUCGGGGAUUUUAAAUAAAUAAGACAAUGAUAAGCACUGAAUUUUAUUUUUCGAGUUCGAGUGAUGAUGAUGAAGAAAGAAGGUAUAUGAAAGUAUGUCGGAAAAGAUUACGGCAGAAUUUAAACAUUUUUGCCAUUCCAGAUUCUAUGUUUGAAAACACAUUCAGACUCAACAAAACUGCUUUUCAAUUCGUCUUGGAACAAAUUAACCCAAAAUUAAAACAAAUCACCCGAAAAAGUGCGAUUACGCCAACACAAAAAUUAGCAACAGCUUUACGGUUUUUUGCGCAAGGGUCAUAUCAAUUGAGCGUUGGAAAUAAUUUCAAUCUUUCGUUAGCUCAGCCAACUGUAAGCAAAAUUGUUUCAGAAGUGUUGAACGCGAUGAAAACCACAAUUUGUAAGGAUUGGGUGAAAUUAGAAAUAUCCGAAGCUGAAGUAAUGUCAGCUAAAAGAUAUUUUUAUGAAAAAACUGGUUUUCCCGGAGUCAUCGGGUGUGUAGACGGAACUCAUAUUAAAAUAAUUGGUCCCAGUAAAAAUAUCCAGCAUUUGUAUUACAACAGGAAAGGUUUCUUCAGUAUAAAUGUUUGUGAUUGUAAAAUGCGAAUUAGAUAUCUAGAUGCCAGACAUCCCGGUUCUGCACACGAUUCCUUAAUUUGGAAUACCAGUCAAGUUAGACGAUUUCUGCAAGAAAAGCAAGAUGCUGGUGAACGUAAUUCUUGGAUUCUUGGCGACGCUGGAUACCCAUUAGAAUUAUUUUUAAUGACACCAUAUACAUAGGUCAGAGGCUGAACAAAGUCCAGAAAGCCGUUAUAAUUUUAUUCAUUCGAAAGCACGAAAUAUUAUAGAGCGAGUAAUUGGAUUAUUGAAA